AUGUCUGAGUGUAAAAUGAAAGCACCAACGCACACAAUUGUAUGCAUAGACAAUUGUAAUAAAUGUUUUGCUAGUGAAACCAGUCGAUUACUAUACCACACAAUAUUGGGUAAAUUGAACAAACGUGAUGAGAAAAAAAAACGUACCGAAUAUAAACCCGGCUUUAUGAAAUUUAAAAUCAAUAACACCUCCACAGCAGCAACAUCAUCUUUUAAAAGAAAGAACACUGAAUCACCUCUACUCUUCGAGAAUGUCGACAACAACAAACCAACCGCCGAUGUCAUCGCCCCCUCACCAUCCAAAAAACUGAGACGACAAUCAAAUUCGUACCUGCCAAAAAACCCACAACAUCAACCGACGAAGACAGAAAAGAACAUUUCUACUGUUACAACAAAAUUCAAGUGCAAGAGAAAAAAUGCUGCAAUGAAUGCGGGGCGGUUACACGCAAAGACGCAAGUUCAGAACCAUGGACAUUACUAUAAUGAUGAACUAAAAGCAUUGGACCGUCAUCUCGAUCUAGCACUAAAUAGUCACGAAGCAUGUAGAGCAUUUCAAAUAUUAAAAUAA